CAGACAGCGUGGCUGCAUUGCCGCAGCAAGACAAUCUGUCCAGUCUACCAGCAGCUCAGCUGCUUAUAACAUCCUCAGGGUGAGCCCUUCUGACUGGGCAUUUUGGACAAAUUCUCUGUAAUUGUGCACCUUGCAAUCCACAAAACAAAAGGAUUUAUUGUCGGUGUGGAUUAACUGGUACUGUCACGGAUAGCUGGCUCAUAGGCUGACAGACGUCAAGAUAGCAGCCUGCUUUGCCUCGGCACCGGGAGACACCAACCGGCCGUAGGGAACUGGAGGGGUCGGCUAGCUGGAAGGCUGGCUAACUGGCAUUAGCCGGCGAGAACCUUUCAGACCUGCAUCCUCAAACCCUUUGCAUCGUGGUCGCCAACUCAAAGGGCAGCGUGAAGAUGGAGUGAAAGAUGAAGGGUGGAAGUGGCCCAUCAUCACAGUAAGGAGGGCUUCUCUCUGAGGUUGUGCUCUGCAGCUUAACUGUGUGACUGAGCUGGGAGACAUAGAGGAAGAUGCCUCCCAGGCCGUCCUCAGGGGAACUAUGGGGCAUCCACCUAAUGCCUCCAAGGAUUCUGGUGGACUGCCUGCUGCCCAAUGGGAUGAUUCUGACCAUGGAGUGUCUCCGUGAGGCCACACUCAUCACCAUCAAACAUGAGCUGUUCAAAGAAGCCAGGAAAUGUCCCCUCCAUCACCUCCUACAGGAGGAGACAUCCUACAUCUUUGUCAGCGUUACACAGGAAGCGGAGCGGGAGGAGUUUUAUGAUGAGACCCGCAGGCUGUGUGACCUCCGACUCUUCCAGCCCUUCCUCAAGGUCAUUGAACCAGUUGGCAACAGAGAGGAAAAGAUUCUCAACAGAGAGAUUGGUUUUGCCAUUGGUAUGCCUGUGUGUGAGUUUGACCUUGUGAAGGACCCGGAGGUUCAAGACUUCAGGAGAAACAUCCUGAAUGUUUGUAAAGACUCUGUGGAAUUGAGAGAUGCCAGCGGGCCCCACAGCAGAGCGCUGUAUGUUUAUCCACCCAAUGUAGAAUCCACACAGGAACUUCCCAAACACAUCUAUAGCAAACUGGACAAAGGUCAGAUUAUUGUUGUGAUUUGGGUGAUUGUUUCUCCAAACAAUGACAAACAAAAGUAUACAUUGAAGAUCAACCACGACUGCGUGCCUGAACAGGUGAUUGCAGAGGCCAUUCGUAAGAAGACACGCAGCAUGUUGCUUUCCCCAGAACAGCUAAAGAUGUGUGUUCAGGAAUAUCAGGGUAAAUACAUCCUCAAAGUUUGUGGCUGUGAUGAGUACCUGCUGGAAAAGCACCCCAUCAGCCAGUAUAAGUAUAUUCGUAGUUGCAUCAUGCUGGGCAGGAUGCCUAACCUGAUGCUAAUGGCUAAGGACAGCCUAUACACCCAGUUGCCUACAGAUAACUUUGUCAUGCCAUCAUACUCUCGACGCAUCUCCACGGCAACACCCUAUAUGAAUGGCGAGGCAGCUGCCAAGACACUGUGGACCAUCAAUGGGACCCUGCGAAUACGAAUCCUCUGUGCCACCUAUGUUAAUGUCAAUAUUCGUGACAUAGACAAGAUAUAUGUGAGAACAGGCAUUUACCAUGGAGGUGAACAGAUGUGUGACAAUGUCAACACACAGAGAGUACCCUGCUCUAACCCCAGGUGGAAUGAGUGGCUCACCUAUGAUAUGUACAUCCCAGACAUACCCCGUGCUGCCAGACUCUGCCUCUCCAUCUGCUCUGUCAAGGGCAGGAAAGGAGCCAAGGAGGAGCACUGUCCACUGGCUUGGGGUAAUAUCAACUUGUUUGACUACACUCACACUCUGGUGGCCAACAAGAUGGCUCUGAACCUCUGGCCCGUCCCUCAUGGCCUUGAAGACCUCCUCAACCCCAUAGGAGUCACUGGAUCCAACCCUAAUAAGGAAACCCCAUGUCUGGAGCUGGAGUUUGACCACUUUAGUAGUCCUGUCAAAUACCCAGAUAUGAACGCAAUAGAGGAUCAUGCAAACUGGACCAUCUCGAGGGAACUGGGGUUUAACUACAACCUCUCUGGACAGAGCAACCGUUCAGCCAGAGAUCACGCCCUGACAGAGAGCGACACUGAGCAGAUGAGACAGCUGAGUAACAGAGACCCUCUUUCAGAAAUCACUGAGCAGGAGAAAGACUUCCUCUGGAGACACAGGCACUACUGCAUGAACAUCCCUGAGAUCCUUCCCAAGAUCCUUCUCGCUGUUAAAUGGAACUCCCGAGAUGAAGUAGCACAGAUGUACUGUCUGUUAAAGGAUUGGCCUUCUACCCGUCCUGAGCAGGCCAUGGAGCUGUUGGACUGUAACUAUCCAGAUCCCAUGGUCAGGCACUUUGCAGUACGCUGCCUUGACAAAUACCUGACUGAUGAUAAACUAUCCCAGUACCUCAUUCAGCUUGUACAGGUAUUAAAAUAUGAGCAAUAUCUUGACAAUCCCCUGGCCCGUUUCCUCCUCAAAAAGGCCCUGACCAAUCAAAGGAUAGGACAUUUCUUCUUUUGGCAUCUCAAAUCAGAAAUGCACAAUAAAACAGUGAGCCAGAGGUUUGGGCUGCUUUUAGAGGCUUACUGCAGGGCUUGUGGCAUGUACCUCAAACACCUGAGUCGGCAGGUAGAGGCAAUGGAGAAGCUCAUAAACCUCACUGACAUCCUUAAACAGGAGAAGAAGGAUGAGACACAGAAGGUCCAGAUGCGAUUUCUUGUGGACCAGAUGAAGAGACCGGACUACAUGGAUGCUCUGCAGAACUUCACCUCUCCUCUCAACCCUGCCCACCAACUGGGAAACCUGAGGUUAGAUGAAUGCAGGAUCAUGUCAUCAGCAAAGAGACCGUUGUGGCUGAACUGGGAGAACCCUGACAUCAUGUCCGAGCUUCUCUUUCAGAACAAUGAGAUAAUCUUCAAAAAUGGAGAUGACUUGCGGCAGGAUAUGCUAACGUUGCAGAUUAUUAAAAUCAUGGAGAAUAUUUGGCAGAAUCAGGGACUGGACCUGCGGAUGCUUCCCUAUGGCUGUCUGUCGUUAGGAGACUGUGUGGGUCUCAUUGAGGUGGUUCGCAGCUCCCACACCAUUAUGCAGAUUCAAUGUAAAGGAGGCUUGAAAGGAGCCCUGCAGUUCAACUCAAACACUCUGCAUCAGUGGCUCAAGGACAAGAACAAGGGCGAGAUGUAUGACAUGGCUGUGGAUCUUUUUACGAGGUCCUGUGCUGGCUACUGUGUAGCUACAUUCAUCCUUGGGAUAGGAGACAGGCACAACAGCAACAUUAUGGUCAAAGACGAUGGACAGUUGUUUCAUAUAGAUUUUGGGCAUUUCCUGGAUCAUAAGAAGAAGAAAUUUGGCUACAAGAGAGAGCGAGUGCCCUUUGUACUGACACAAGACUUCCUCAUCGUCAUCAGCAAGGGUUCUCAGGAGUGCGCGAAGACCAAAGAGUUUGAGAGGUUCCAGGAGAUGUGUUAUAAAGCCUACCUGGCCAUCCGGCAACAUGCUAAUCUCUUCAUCAACCUGUUCUCCAUGAUGCUGGGCUCUGGCAUGCCUGAGCUACAGUCAUUUGAUGACAUUGCCUACAUCAGGAAGACGCUGGCCCUGGAGAAAAGCGAACAGGAGGCAUUGGACUACUUUAUGAAACAGAUGAAUGAUGCUCACCAUGGAGGAUGGACCACCAAGAUGGACUGGAUAUUCCACACAAUUAGACAGCAUGCAUUAAACUGAUCUCCUGCACACAAACAUAAACCUCCAGUCCCACCGUGGAGCUGACCUCUGUCAGCCAGCUGUUCAAGUCCAAACCACACAGCAUUAGUCUUUCAAGGAAUUUCAGAGACCAUGCACAGCUCACUGAUAAUGGAAGUUUGCAGCUUGAAUUUUUAUUUUUUUUUUUUUACACCAGCACAAUUUCUGUUUAUUUAAACGAGGUUCCUGUUUUUCUCUAUUUUUUUUGCCAUUAUCAUCUGACUUUUUGUGAUGCUCUCACAAUACCUUAUGCUUGAUCUGCAUCUCCAAGAGAGCGUCGUCUUCGUGUCCUGGUGAAGAUGUGCCCUUCCUGGCCGAUGCUUGUAUCCGUGUCAGGAAUAAUCUGGGCAGCCAAGGAAAUGGGACCCCUUCCCCUGCUGCUCUGAAAACACAAAUUGGAUAAAAUGGUGCAAAGAAGAUGUAUCUGCCAAUCUGUAAAUGUAACCACAAAGUAAGUUCAACUUGCUGCCCUUUUGCUGUAUUAGUGCUGUACUGUGUCUUCACCCCAGAAAUGAGGUGCUUGGGAAACUUUUUUUUAAAUCUUAUUACUGCUGAGAAGAUUGCAGGCACGAGGAACUGUCUAAAUAAUCUUACAUAAUAUAAGUGUUACUCAAAUUUGUUGUACAGUAUGGAUUACUGAAGUAUUCUAUGACUUCCACCAUCUUUGUGUUGAAGUUGAUUUGGUCAGCUUUUAACCCUUUGUGAAGAAAUUUAAAAGCUCAAAGCUGCAGAAGAGUCUCCAGGUUGUUUUGCCAGCUCUACAGUCUCCCACAGCCUCAAUGAAAAAGCACGCCGCCCUUGGGAACAUUUGUUGGCGGUGCAGCUUUAGAUUCUUGCAUAAAAUUCAGGGUGAUGAUGCCUCCAUCAAAAAACAGCACUUAAAAAUACCAGAAUAAUAUACAGAUUUAUUAUGACUUUUUACAUUUAUUUAUGUAUCUACUUUCUUUUAGUUUCUACACAGGCAACACCCUAACUCUAAUCUUUAGAAACACACCAUUGUUUCUGUAAAUAUAUUUUUUUGUGUUUACCUAUUUGCUUGCAACAGCUCUCCCCUAUUUUGCCUCCGUCACUUUUAAGUUAAACAUCUCAUUUGACCUCAUCAGUCGUAGCCCAAUUUGUUUUAUUGUGGUUAGUUUGCAGCCCUACUUAGAAUUUGAAAGAUUCAAGAGUCAAAGUGCCAUUCUCACAUUUAAUGAAUAAUGGGACCUAAUUUAAGCCUCUGGUUGUCUGUUUUGACGGCAAACACAGUUCCAGGGGAAUGUCUCGUCUUCCUGUUGAUAAAAUGCCUUGGCGUCACAGCACAACACUGCACACUGCUCACUGCUAAUCCCUACAAACUCUUUGUAUUUGUAUUUCUAACCAUGUUAGGUUGAUAGUGUUUUCAGGACAAAGUGCAUUUUAAGUUGUGUUUAUCACUGAGGCCGUAACCAUGGCAGUAUUUGAGGCACGCUUUCUAUUCCCGGGCAGUGUUAAAGCCAUGCUCUACACUUUCUGGCUAGAAGCUUAGAUUUUACAGAUUUUCCCAACAGAAACAUUUGAGCAUGAAGCUUUUUCAACAUUUUAAAGUCACAGUGAAAUGACCAUCACAGUGUCUUUAGAGAAUCAAGUGAAACAGGGAGGGAUUUGAAUAAAUCUUUCAAAUUUGAUUUGAUUGCGUAAAAGUGGGCAUGGCUUAAUAAAUACGAAUCAGCAACCAAGUCACCAAAACUGCAGUUCCUCAAAUGGCCACUUGAAGCUGGCUCCAGAAGCAAGUCAAUCCCCAUAAACCCUCAUGUUAAAUUGCCAAACUUUACAGCAAACAUUAACAUGUUAAAACUUUUUUGUCUCUUAAGUGCGAUUCUGGAGAGAUCUAAUAUCACACACAAAUCGUGGCUGCAAUAGUUUCGUGGGGCUCAGUCCAAGCCACCUUUUUGACCAUUUUUUGAAUUGUCCAGAGUUAGGCGGAAUCAGGCACUUCUAAGAUGAGUAAUGCCAGAGCCACCGCACUGAGCUUCAAAAUGGCUUUUAAGAAAGUCUAAGACAAAAACGGAGCAAUGCGGAGCUGUAAGAGGUCUAUUGGUCUCCGUCCACACUGUUUUGUUGGGUCAGGAGGCAGAGGAUGAGGGUACAGCUACGUUCUUUUGUUGAACAGUUUUGGCCAUCUGAUAUCCAAACACACUAUUCCACUAUUACAUCACUUUGGUAACUACUAUGAGCCACUAGCUAAUGCUAAGUAUGGUUUUGACAUGAUGAGCAGGUUUAGGUAAUUGUCACAAUCACAUUUUAAUGGAUUCAUUUGUGGAUACGCCUCGGAGUGGAGUCGUCCAAAAUACUGGAAUGUUUCACUGAAAGAGAAAGGGGAUUUUUAAUAUAGAAAUACUUGAAAAUGCAUUUUUGGUUCACUGUGUCUUUAAAAUAGAUUGCAGCCGGCUUGUCUCCUGAGAUGGAUUAUUUUGGAUUUUUCUCAAAAGUUGUUAAAAAAAGGUGUUUUUAAUCAUAAACACAGAGUGGCAGUAAACGGCUUUGUCAGUUCAAUUGAGAGCCUCUCGUACGUCGUGCUUUGUUGAGGAGAGAAUGUAGUAUUUUAUAAGAAAAGGUGCCUCAGAGCAGCCUCACGAGCCCCGACACUCUCACAAUGUACCUAGAAAGACAUUUGGAUGUGUGCAUAGCUAAAUUAUUAUUGUAGUAGCCCUACAGUAUGAAACUCAAUCUGACAGUUCAACCGUUGAUUGUAUUGAAAAACCAAAGUUGUGGGUCUGUUCUGAUGUGGCGCAAAGUGUUAGAUGUCCUAUUAUUGCAGCAUUAAUGUGUAGAAGUUAUUUAAUUGCUAACAUGGACCUUCUGUGCGCCCAUCUUAUUAUGUUUAUGCAUCAUUCAUGUCUCCUUUCUAAAGGCAGAUACAGUGCCACCACUAAACAUACAGCAGUGAGCUCUUUUCUUGUUCACUAUUCCAUCUUUUUCUUAAUGCGCCAAACCAGGCAUCACUGAGGCCUGUUAAAGUCAAUGCUGGAAUUGCAUCAUGCAUUAAGGCAUAUCAGUUACAGACUUAAAAAAGAGAAAAGACACAGGUAGGAGUAUGCACUUACAAAAUGUAGUUUUCAAUGCCUUUAUGUCCAAAAGGACUUUGUAAGAAGAAAGUUAGCUCAGUAUGCAUGUGUGUCAAGCAGCAUAACCCGUGUGUAUGAUGUACAUUUUGAAGCAACAUAAGCAGUAUGUAUGUACAGUUAAAGCUUCAUGUUGUGUUGUUAUCUUCAAUAUGCUUUCCCAUGUAUUCUCCAAACUGAUAGUGUGGGCCCAUAUGCAUUAAUUGUCUUUCUGUACAGGUUACAGAGCUUCAUUGGCAGGCCCCAAUGAAAACGCACACGAUGUAUGUAUGUACAUGCCCAUGUGUCUGUGUGUGAUGACACUUGAACUGUUGAAGUGAUGGUGCGUCUUUAAAUUUUUUGUAAGCCUUUCUUUCCCAACCAACUGGCUGGUUUGUGCCAGAGAAGAAAAGCAAAAAUGGAGGAACUAAAAGUUGUAAAUGUUUUACUUGAAAUGUCACAAAUCAGAACCGCAGCUGUAUUUUGUUGGUUUAAAGUUGUUAUGGGGGCUGUGGUGUCUAUUUAGUACUGAGUGAGUGCGUGCGUGAGUGCGAAGGUUGAAGAACUGUGCACGGCUGUUUGUGUGAUAAUGGUAGUAAAUUUGUUAAUGAUGCUAAAGCCCUGAAUUUUACAGUGGAGACACAUUUACUUCUUGAAUCAACGAAGGACUAAAUUUGUGAGAACUAAGGUGAAGUAUCUUACAGGAUUUCAAACUAGGGUAGGCAGUUUAUUUAAGAACCAUUUUUUGUUAUAUUGGUUGAAAUUUGAUUGAAAUGAUUGGCUGACUUAUCUGCCACCUACCUAUCUGCCUACCAGCCUGCUUACCUACCUACCUAACUGUGCGCACUCUGCCCGUGCAUUCACUGCACAUGAAGGG